UAACCUCUAUACAAUCGCUUCUUAUUCUCCCUUUCUUCUUUCACUCUUUCUGAUACACAUUGUUGCUACUAAUUCCUCAGACAGUUGAAAUGCAGAGUCACUGAGAAUUAUAUAGCAAAUGCCAAGUGAAAUGGAGUCCAAUAAUGCUGAAUAUGUGACACUGGGAGGAGAAGGUUCAACUCCAAAGUUAGAGAAGAUGAGCAAGGUUUCAAUUAUGCCUCUGAUGUUCUUGAUCUUUUAUGAGGUCUCGGGAGGACCUUUUGGUGUGGAAGACACUGUGAGAGCAGCUGGUCCAUUGUUGGCUCUCCUUGGUUUCUUGCUUUUCCCAUUCAUUUGGAGUGUUCCAGAGGCACUCCUAACUGCAGAAAUGGGUACUAUGUUCCCUGAGAAUGGUGGCUAUGUGGUUUGGGUUUCAUCUGCACUGGGUCCUAACUGGGGUUUCCAACUAGGUUGGAUGAAAUGGCUCAGUGGAGUCAUUGACAAUGCUUUAUAUCCAGUUCUAUUUUUGGAUUACCUUAAGUCAGCUAUUCCAGCUUUAGGAGGUGGUUUUCCAAGGAUAAUAGCAGUGAUAGUUUUAGUUUUAGCUCUCACUUACAUGAACUAUAGGGGGCUAACCAUAGUGGGGUGGGCUGCAAUAUUGUUGGGAAUCUUUUCAUUACUUCCUUUCAUGGUUAUGGGAGUUAUAGCAAUACCUAGAAUAAAACCAACUAGGUGGAUCAUGGUUGAUUUGAAGAAAGUGAACUGGGGUUUAUACUUGAACACUCUCUUCUGGAAUUUGAACUACUGGGACUCAAUUAGUACCCUUGCUGGAGAAGUGGAUAAUCCUGGUAAAACCCUCCCAAAAGCUCUUUUAUAUGCUGUUAUGUUGGUUGUUUUGGGGUACUUUUUGCCUCUUCUGAUAGGAACUGGAGCUAUGCCGGUUAACCGUGAGCUAUGGUAUGAUGGUUACUUCUCAGAAGUUGCUAGAGUGAUUGGAGGGGUUUGGUUAAGGAGUUGGGUUCAAGCAGCAUCUGCUUUGUCAAAUAUGGGGAUGUUUAUGGCUGAGAUGAGCAGUGACUCCUUCCAACUUUUGGGGAUGGCAGAAAGAGGCAUGGUUCCUGAGUUCUUUGCGAAAAGGUCACGUUAUGGGACCCCUCUUGUUGGCAUUUUGUUCUCUGCAUCUGGGGUGGUCUUGCUUUCAUGGUUGAGCUUUCAAGAGAUAGUUGCUGCUGAGAACUUCUUGUACUGUUUUGGGAUGCUUAUGGAGUUCGUGGCAUUUGUCAAGUUAAGGAGGAAACUCCCAUAUGCCGAGAGGCCUUAUAAAGUGCCUGUUGGGAAAACGGGAGCUAUAUUGAUGUGUGUGCUUCCAACACUGCUGAUAUUUGUGGUCUUAGCUCUUGCUUCUUUCAAGGUCUUCAUUGUAAGCUUCUCAGCUGUGAUCAUAGGGCUUGUAUUAAGGCCUUGUUUGAAAUAUAUGGAGCAGAGAAGAUGGCUUAGAUUCUCUGUUAAUCCUGAUCUUCCAGAUAUUCGUGCUACUUAGAACUUGUAGUUGUAUUUAUCAUAAAGCUUUUGUAAGAACUGAAUGCAAGCUAACCUUUCUCUUUACCUCCCCCUCAUGCAUCUUUCCUGUUUUUCUGUUCAAUUGUAUCUCUGAUGCUGCUAUGUCUAUGCCCCUAAUACGAGUAGUUUAAUUUCUA